GAGCAAGGGCCGCGCGAGUUCGUGUUCGUAUUCGACGAUCUCGUUUUUGUUUGACCAUGCGCGGCUCGUCAUGCCCAUGAUACACAGUUCGUGCCACAAGGACAUGUUCUGCCUCCGAUCCAAGAUCACCUCGGGCAGCCUCCGGUUGAUCAGCGAGUUCUGGGACUCUGCAUAGAGUUCGGGGUCUACCCCGAAGAGCCAUUGCAGGUCUAGGUCGGGAAUAACCCGCCACCCGCCAUCUUCCUCUUGGUCGUCCUCAUUUUCGUCGUCCUCUUCAUCGUCCUCUUCGUCAUCCGAGUCAUCGAAGAAGGUGCUAUCACCAUCGUGGUUUUCAAAUGGAUCCACGUCCUCCGCUGCCACGAUCGGCGGGGCGAUAGAUGGGGCGCCCGACGACCCUGCUCGCCAGGCCGAUCCACCUCAGGCGCAUCCGCCGCACUGUCAUCUUCCUCGUCGUUGACGACUAUCUCCGGGAUGUCGUCAAUGAAAGGAACUGCGUCCGCUUCCGUAACGCCAUGGGCACCAAGGACGUCUUCACGUUGGACGUAUACUACCGCGUCCUCUUCAGCUCGUGGCCUCUUCGGCUGGACGUUGUCCUCAAGGUUAACGUCCUUCCGUUUCCUGGAUGGUUCUCCGGCCAUGAAGAAGAACGGAAAGCGCUGCAGGCAUCGCGUGAGCCAACUGAUCACGACGCAGAACACAGAACAUCGACGACUCGGAAGGGUUUGUGGCAGCGGCAGUGGCACCACAAGCCCGAAGCGUCAAACAAAGGAAGGGGACGGAUCCGCACUCACAGGCUUUGUGGUUUCGACCGCGGGACAAAGCGGGGAGGGGAGAGGAGUGCGGGGAAAGGUUCAGAUCAGGACGCGUCGGUCCGGUGGGGGUUUAUGAAUUGUGGCUGCAGCUGCAGCCACAAACGCGUUCCCCGUGCAUCACGUGUGGAGACCGGCCACACGCACUCGAUUGUGCCACUCAUCACCACGUUUUCCGGGAUGUACAGCCCCCCGGAAUGCCAAGACGGUGGUUGUUGAGUCUGGGUACGAUGAUAGCUGAACGUGGCUCGACGCCUUUGUCUCUCAAGAAGACAUGCGCAGCCUCUACGGUUUAUAUAAUGCAUGCCUCCAUUGGCGAACAUAUGCAUGGACGAAAAUACUAGUACGUAUGGCACUGCCGGCUCCGACGUCACAGUGAUUGAACGGCGAUGUAACGGUGAAAACUUGGUCGUUUGAAGGGUAUGGGUCGCCACACACCCGCUAACUUGAAGCUUCUAGCAGUCUUCUGCCUGGUAGAAUUUCUGGACAUACCUGCUCAGAAGGACGCGUGUGUAGAUGGUCGUCGCAUCGAACGGUAGUGGAAAGGUGAUUAGCUUGAGGCCAACUGCGUACGCUGCCUUCAUAUUUAAUUUUGGGGGCGCAAUAAAUUCUCUUCUGCCAGUCUGUCCCCCCG